GCCAAGACAGCGGCAACAGCGGUGUUUCUUGCAGCCGUAGAGAGUUGAACGGAGACUAUUCUUCCUUCUUUUGCCAAUUUACUCGAUCAAGGAUCGCCGUCGGAAGGCCACAGAGAUGGACUACAAAAGAAAGCCAAAGCAGAACGGCGGUGGCCACGGCUCAUCCCAAGGAAGCAAAAAGUUCCGUCGUCAGGACGACGACGAAGACCCGAUGGACUUCGAGGCGGAGCUUGCCCUGAUGGAGGAAAUCAGCGAAGAGCAGAUGGACGACACCGAAUCUCAGGAAUCUCUAUCGGGACAGGGCCCCGAGAACGCCUGCACGAGCGUGCGGUGGACGCGACCACCGAUGCCCGCGUUGCGUCCGGAGCGGGAAAGCCUGGAGUUCCAGCAGAUCGACCUGGAUCACUACCUGGGACGGCCGCUGGACUGCAUGCCGGGAAUGCGCACUGGAACUGUGCCCAUCGUCCGCAUGUUCGGGGUCACCGACGGCGGCCACAGCGUGCUCUGCCACGUGCACGGCUUCCUGCCCUACUUCUACGUUGAGGCACCGGCAGGCUUCAAGAAGGAGCACUGCAGGGCUUUCAAGGAUGCUCUGAACAGGGCGGUUCUCGCAGACAUGCGAUCCAACAAGAUGAACCUGACAGAUGCAGUGGCUGCAAUCGACCUGGUGAUGAAGCAGAGCAUCUACGGCUAUAACAGCAAGGGCAAGACGCCCUUUCUCAAGAUAACAAUGGUCCUUCCGCGUCUGAUUGCCCCGGCCAAGCGGCUGCUCGAGACCGGAACGGUGUCGGUCCCUCCUUAUGGCGCGCCCUGCUACAGAGUCUUCGAGACCAACGUCGACUUCGAAAUCAGAUUCAUGGUGGACGCGUCGGUGGUGGGCUGCAGUUGGAUUGAGCUUCCCAAGGGAACCUACCGGGUCCGCGAGUCCACCAAGGUGUCACGUGUGCAACUCGAGGUCGACGUCGCCUGGGACUCUCUCGUGGCCCACGCCCCCGAAGGCAAAUGGGCGCGUGUGGCACCGCUGCGGAUACUCAGCUUUGACAUUGAGUGCGCUGGUCGCAAAGGGAUCUUUCCGGUGCCCGAGAAGGACAGCGUGAUCCAGAUCGCCAACAUGGUGGUCCGCCAGGGGGAGCGGGACCCCUUCAUCCGCAACGUGUUCACCCUCAACACGUGCACCCCCAUUGCCGGCUGCGAGGUGCUCUGCUUCAAGCGGGAGGGGGAGCUGCUUCAGAAAUGGGCCGACUUUGUGCGGGACGUGGACCCGGACGUGAUCACGGGCUACAACAUCCAGAACUUCGACUUCCCGUACCUGAUCAACCGGGCCAAGCACUUGAACGUGACCCACUUCCCCUACUUGGGAAGGAUCAGGGAUUCCCGCACCAUCCUCAAAGAUUCCGUGAUGCAGUCCAAACAGAUGGGGCGGCGUGAGAACAAAGUGGUCACCAUGGAGGGACGCGUCCAGUUCGACCUGUUGCAGGUCCUGCUGCGUGACUACAAGCUACGGUCGUACACGCUGAAUGCUGUCAGCUACCACUUCCUGCAAGAGCAGAAGGAGGACGUGCAGCACAGCAUCAUCACCGAUCUCCAGAAUGGCACGGACCAGACCAGGCGUAGGCUGGCUGUGUACUGUCUGAAGGACGCCAUGCUGCCCCUGCGGCUUCUGGACAAGCUCAUGAGCGUCAUCAACUACAUGGAGAUGGCCCGCGUGACUGGGGUGCCCCUCACCUACCUGCUCAGCAGGGGUCAGCAGAUCAAGGUUGUCUCACAGCUCCUGCGAAAGGCGGCGGAGCAAGACCUGGUGAUGCCGACCGUCCACUCCGAAGCGGGAGAGGACUUCACGGGCGCCACGGUCAUCGAGCCGGCCAAAGGCUUCUACAGCGUGCCCAUAGCGACGCUGGACUUCUCCUCCUUGUACCCGUCCAUCAUGAUGGCACACAACCUGUGCUACACCACGGUGCUGGACUCCAAGCAGCGGGAGGCCCUCAGGGCGGACGAGUUCAUCCGGACACCGUCCGGAGACCACUUCGUCAAGGCCUCCGUGCGGAAGGGACUGCUGCCCGAGAUCCUCGAGGACCUCCUGGCGGCCCGCAAGAAGGCCAAGACGGACCUGAAGAACGAGUCCGACCCCUUCCGGAAAAAGGUGCUGGACGGCCGGCAGCUCGCGCUCAAGAUCAGCGCCAACUCCGUCUACGGAUUCACGGGGGCACAAGUGGGGAAGCUUCCCUGCCUGGCCAUCUCCCAGAGCGUCACUGCCUUUGGUCGCAUGAUGAUCGAGCAGACGAAGCGGGAAGUGGAGGAGCGCUACACGCGGGCCAACGGCUACCCAGCAGAUGCCAAGGUCAUCUACGGUGACACGGACUCGGUCAUGAUCCGUUUUGGAGUGGACUCCCUGGAGAAGGCUAUGGAACUUGGGCGGGAGGCGGCCAAUUUUGUGACGGAGAAGUUUGUGCGCCCCAUCAACCUCGAGUUCGAAAAGGUGUACUUCCCUUACCUGUUGAUCAACAAGAAGCGCUACGCCGGGCUGCUCUACACGCGGCCUGAUGCACACGACAAGAUGGACUGCAAGGGCAUCGAGACCGUCCGCAGGGACAACUGCCCCCUUGUGGCCAACCUCAUUAACACCUGCCUCGAAAAGAUUCUCAUUGAGAGGGAUCCCGACGGGGCGGUGGCGUUUGCGAAGCAGACAAUUGCGGACCUCCUCUGCAACCGAGUGGACAUCUCGCAGCUGGUGAUCACGAAGGAACUGACCAAGAACGACGGGGAAUAUGCCGCCAAGCAGGCGCACGUCGAGCUGGCCAAUCGGAUGCGCAAGAGGGAUGCCGGGAGCGCCCCAAACCUGGGCGACCGCGUGCCGUACGUGAUAGUGGCGGCCUCCAAGGGCACGGCGGCCUACCUCAAGUCCGAGGACCCGAUCUACGUGCUGGAGAACAAUGUGCCCAUCGACACCCAGUACUACCUGGACAACCAGCUGUCCAAGCCCCUGCUGCGCAUCUUCGAGCCCAUCCUCGGCGAGAGCCUGGCCGAGUCCGUGCUGCUCCGCGGUGACCACACACGCACCAAGACAGUGGUGCACUCUAAAGUGGGGCCCCUGGCAGCCUUCACACGCAAAAAGAACACCUGCAUUGGUUGCCGCGCUGUCCUCGAAGACCAGGAAUCCGCUGUGUGCCACGGCUGCAAACUCAGGGAACCUGAAAUCUACUUCGUGGAGAUCAACCACCUGAACAGUCUCGAAUCAAGGUUUUCCCAACUUUGGACACAAUGCCAGCGUUGUUCUGGAAGCCUGCACGAAGAGGUCCUGUGCACUAGAGGUUAACAAAAACCUGUCCCUCUCCGCUGCUACACUGGCUGUCAUCCCCGUGGCAAACCGUCUUUUGUGUCAAUCGCUCGCCGCGACCUUCGACGAUGCUAAUCCUUUAAAAGUCGACAAUCGCGGAGGAGGUGGCCGGGGUCUCUGAAGAGAGAACUCAAGAGGAAACCAGGUGAUCCCCCGGAGUAUGUCACUCGAAAGGCGACAUCGAGAGUUGAGAGGCACUUUGACCUUCGAUUUGUCUCAUUUUUUAAAAUAAAAACUAGUGCUCGCAAGAAAAUGCGCUUUUCUGUUCACUCCAUAGGUGACACAGAUUCAUUUCCGCAGUUAAUUGACCAAAGUGCGAAUAUCGUUGUUCAACCGGGUGAAGGUAGUGAGUGGGCUAACUUUUAAUGUAUAACCCCCAAAAAAAAGUAAAAAAAAAAAAAAUUGUAGCAAAAGAAUGUGAAGCUUCAUUCAGUCACCCUCAAAAUCUUUAAUCGAACAGUCUCUAUCACUGUCAAACCAAAUGUCAAUCACUUCGUCGCAUUGGUCCUGCAACCUCUGCAACUUGUUAUCGCUCGUGCGCAUUUGCCCAAAUCUAAUUGUACGACACGGUGCCCUUCUACGUUGGAAUUAACGUUUUUCUUUGUAGACGUGUCAGGGUACCCGCCGUAACGCUCGAACACGAUUGAACUAAUCAAGAGGUUGAAUUAACCGAGGUCGAGUUGCCGCCAGUUUAUUGUGUAUAGAGAUUCUACCGUACGAUCGCCACGUCCACUUAUUCGAAACUCGACAGUCUGCCUUUGACCGCGAGACAUCUCAAUUUCAAGCCAACAAUGAUGCGCAAUCCUCGUAGUGUGUGCCCAGAAUUCUCUAGUUGUUUUUUUUUCCCCAUUCCCCCGAGCCAGCCUAAUGUCUGACUCGAUUAGACGGGGCCGCUGUCGCAAAAGUCUGCUUGUUGUUGCCGGAGAGCCUGGCGUCUUGAAAUCUGGACGCUUCUUCCAAGUUCGGACACAAACUUCCUGGUCACAAAUUGCACGGUUUCAGCUGCCGGCUGACGUCUUCUCAAAAAGGGGGCGGCCACUCAUUUGCUUGGAGAGGUGCCAUUAUUGUCCGAGCAAAGCCCUUACUUAGACACAAGACGUCUUAACAGCUCCGCAAAAGCCGUUUGUCCGGCACUCCCGUGUCCUCUUCGGUUUCCCCGCGCCCAUCAUGAGAUGCUCG